ACUUAAAGUGAUUGUAUUGUAAAUCUGCUGUGGACCGCCUCUUUGGGGAGGAUGUUCCAUUUCUCCAAAGAUUUGGGGAGGGGAAAAGGGGGAGGAGAGGGCUGGCGAGAGGUUUGUUAUCCCCCUGUCCCCCUAUAAGCCCCUCAUUAAUGAAGGUCUGAACGCUGUUUGGGGUAGGGUGGGGGGCUUUGGCUUGCUAUCCCAAUCAGAUUUAAAUGAAGAUUCAAAUGAGUUCAUUUAAGUCCGCUGCUUGAAUAUGACGCCGGUGCAUUUUUUUAGACGGGAACGAUCUUCGCGGGUAACAGGUUAUGAAGACAGCAUGGAGUUUCCAGACCACAGCAGACAUUUGCUACAGUGUCUGAGCGAGCAGAGGCAUCAGGGAUUCCUUUGUGACUCCACUAUUCUGGUCGGUGAUGCCCAGUUCCGAGCCCAUCGUGCAGUGCUGGCUUCAUGCAGCAUGUACUUCCACCUCUUUUACAAGGACCAGCUAGACAAAAGGGACAUUGUUCAUCUGAACAGUGACAUUGUCACGGCCCCGGCCUUCGCUCUCCUGCUUGAGUUCAUGUAUGAAGGAAAGCUCCAGUUCAAAUCGCUUCCAGUGGAGGAUGUGCUGGCUGCUGCCAGCUACCUCCACAUGUACGACAUCGUCAAAGUGUGUAAGAAGAAGCUCAAGCAGAAGGCCACGGCCGAGGCCGACAGCACCAAGCGGGAGGAGGACGCUUCCAGCUGCUCGGACAAGGUGGAGAGCUUCUCGGAAGGUGGAAGCACAGGCCGGCCGACCACCGCCGACUUGCUGCAGAGUGACGACGAGGACAUGGCGAACAAGCGGGACAGCCCUCAGGAGCCGGGGAGCAUGUGGAUGCGUCUGCCUUCUGACCGGACCACGUCUCCCACCACUAGCCCCAGGGAGGCGGAAACACACGGCCCCGACGCUGGCAAAUCUCCUGCCGGCAGCCCCAGCAGCUCCACAGGCUCCCGGUCCCGUCGCUCGGCUGUGUCUCGGAGAGUCUCCGCUGACACCGAUUGUGUGCUUGACCUCUCUGUGAAGUCCUGUCUGGGUGGAGGUCCUGGGGAGACCAUGGCUGGCAACCCUUAUUUCUGCAGCUCUGUGACCCCAGACAGCCUCCAGAGUGCCCUGGUUCAGGUCAAGGUGGAAAAGGACACGGGCUCGGACGAUGACGAGCUGGUGAGCGGCGACUACGAGAUGGAGCACAGCGGUGUCAAGGAGCCACCCAGCACCAAUGGGACUCACAUCAGCCUUGUGGCGCAACGGCGCUUGGGCCUGGAGGCUCACCUCUCGGCCCUGCGUGAGGCCUCGCUGGCCAGCGAGCUGGAGCGGGACGACAAAGGAGGCGACGACGACGCAGACGUCUUAGGAGGGGACAGCGAGCGUGCGCACGAGGCCGUGGGGGUCGAGAACUCCCUGUUGCCUUACGUCUCCAGCAUGCUGGGGGCUCCACAUACUCAGAUCUUCAUGUGCCCCUUAUGCAACAAGGUCUUCCCCAGCCCACACAUCCUGCAGAUCCACCUCAGCACGCAUUUCCGCGAGCAGGAAGGUGUACGGUCCAAGCCGGCCGGCGACGUCAAUGUCCCCACCUGCUCCAUCUGCGGCAAAACCUUCUCCUGCAUGUACACGUUAAAGCGUCACGAGCGGACGCACUCGGGCGAGAAGCCCUACACAUGCACUACUUGCGGCAAGAGCUUCCAGUACUCGCACAACCUAAGCCGACACGCCGUCGUGCACACGCGUGAGAAGCCGCACGCCUGCAAGUGGUGCGAGCGGCGCUUCACGCAGUCAGGGGACUUGUACCGACACAUCCGCAAGUUCCACUGCGAACUGGUCAACUCGCUCUCGGUCAAGAGCGAGUCGCUCAAUCUACCCACGGUCAGAGACUGGGCACUGGAAGAUAGCUCUCAAGAACUGUGGAAAUGAAAGCUAAACUGAUAGCAGACUGUUUGAACUGCUUGUUAAAUUAAUGAGAGAGAUCUGAGUGGCAUUUUGUUGGGGCAGAGAGGUGAAGGUAAGAGUGGGGCGGAGUGACGGCCGAAGGGUCUGAAUCAGUCAUUUUUCUUGUAUGUACAUUGCAAAUCUUGUUGAAUUGCACUUUACUAGCACAUGAAAAUGUUACUACUGAUUUCCUUUUAAUAUAUUUUCUGGUCUCUUUUGGGUUUCUUUUCUUUUUUCCUG